AUGUCAUUGAAGACACCACACCGCCAACAUUUUGAGAAGAAGGUUCAUACGCCACCCAGUGUAGAACGUGAUCCGGGGAAACCAAAGUUUCUCAAGACUGUGCCGGGGAGAGCGUUUCGAAGAUCCUCAAACUCCGACAAUGAACCAUUUGAGACUACAGGACUCUUCGUUCCUGCACCAGGCCUUUCAAAUCGAGGUGCCGCACCACAACCACUGAACAUUCCACAGCUUCUUUCACCUCCACCGAGUGUCAAGAAGAAAUCUCUCGGCUCUCCAGCACUUCGUGCAGUCUUUCAACACCACUUUACCUGUCCCCCUGGUGGCCAACUUGAGUCGCCCAUUCAUCUGACUCCAUCUGUCAAGAUCCAAAGCUUGGAGCGACCAUUGGAGUCCUUUGAUAUCGUUUCUGCUUUCAAGUCGGGUACGAAAUCAGAACCCAGGACUGAGGUUAGUCCAUGUGAUGAUACUAUUAUCUGGACUGAUAGUGUUGAUGAUCCUUAUUUGGAGGAGGAUUCGCCGACCUACUUAAGAAGCAUCUCUCAGAAUAUCUCAAAGGUGAACGCAAAGGCGGGCCACAGACGAUUCAUUGGAACACAAUGUGCUAUGUGUGAUGAGAAGAUUUGUAACGUACUUUCAGGCGAGAAGAUCGUGGAACUGACGUGCUCUCACGCCAGCCAUUAUCAAUGUUACCUUGCGACGUUGGAAUAUCUAUAUUUGCAGAAGAAAUAUCCUCAGUGUAGCGUCUGUGGCAAGACUGUGAAGCCGAGCGAUGAGGGAACAUUGGAAAAGAUGAUGUCCCGUCUAUUGUCAAGAAAAAGUUACGAAGAAGACCCUGAUCUGACUAUUGGACCUCAGUGGUUGGAUCUCAAGUUGCCUCACACCGCAGAUCGGAGUUCGCUGUUUACUCCUGGUGAGCAAGUCAUUCAAACUGCCGACAUAUCAUCAAAUGGGUUCAGGACGCCCUACCAAUCAUUAGGCUCAGCCACCUUCCGUGACUACAAUGACGUUAAAGGACCGCUGGUUCAGAAAAAUACAUGGCUUGGUGAAACUCUAUUGGAGAUUGGCAGAAGAGAACAGAAGGCCAGUGGAAACGAAAAUCAGAUAGCGUUGGAGCCAGAAGUCCAUGUGCGUCCUAGUGGGGACAGCACUUCCUUUGAUAUUUCAGUGAGGAUACCGCUAGAUGAGGAUGAAGCUGGUCAUCAGCAGAAUGAGGAGGAUGCUUUCGAAGAGGAGCGUCAAUUUUUGAGACAGCAGGUCGAAGACUUAGUUAAAGAAGAGGUGGACACCGACGACGAAUUAGGAACACUUGUUAUGUUUGAUAGUGUAGCAUACUCUACCGAUGGUGAAGAAUGGAAUGAGAACAUCAUGAUAUAUUUGUUCGAUCAAUACCUUUUGUUAUUCGACCGCGAUGAGAUGAGCACAAGAGGUAAAAUUCCCAUGAAGCAGGUUUGUCAAGUUCUGAAAUUGAACGAUAGUACCCUUCUUAUUGAUCUAAAGAGCCGUGCUUUACCAGAAGUUUACAUCUGCUUCCCCUCUGAUGAUGCGAGAAAUUCUCUGCUUCAGAAAUGGAAGUUUUACCUUGGUCAAAGCAAGGAAUUUCCUCGUUUGGAAGGUAUCACAAGUACUUCCUGGGACAUUUUGCCUGAAGAACUCACGCUCGAAUUAAAGCAUCUGUGGAUCAAAGCGAACAAAAAUGCAGAUAAUCCGGAAGAUAUUGUUUUGAAGCCAUGGCAGACUUUGCAAGAAGAUAUUCCACUGCAGCUGAUAAUCUGUUUGAAUCUCUCUCAUGAUGCGAACCUGCAGAAAAAUGAUUAUGAAUGGUCAAUAACAAAAGGACUAAAGGCUCUGUUGGGUUGCUUAAAUGAAAAAGAUCUUCUGGGUUUGGUAGCAGUUGGUAAGGAUGGGAGAGGAAACGUUGGUAAUUAUGGUACAUUUAUCGGUACCAUUAACAAACUUUGGCCCCAUUGGGUAGAGACUUUCGAUAGUUUGGAAGCUAUCGAGCACAAAAUAUUUGGCACACCGGCGAAUGAAUUGGACAAGAUGCUAGAAACCUGCCUUCGUUUGGUUAGCACUGCCGACUCCAUGCUAGAGGAAGGCUCGAGUUCCCAUUUCCUGAAGCAGGUCAUUCUCUUGAGAGAAGGUGAGCCGCCAAAGAUCGAGCAUAAAUAUGGUAGACUCAUAUCAGACGUCCACAAUUUUGACCUAAUGCAAAUGGCUCCAUUCAAUCAAAAUGGUGAGGUAGAGCAAUUGAAGAAUGCUAUAUCGCUUUUGCAUCGGAAGUCCAUAAAAGACUUGACGGUUAGACUGGCAGGUCAAGAGCUUUUUUUUGGGAACAUGGCUCCUGGAGAAGAAAAGACCAUUAGUUGCAAAUUCACAGAUCCACUUCGCUUUUGCGAUGUAGAAUGGUUCAAUAUGAGAAAUCAGCGCACAGAAAGGAUUAAUAGACCGAUUGAGAUUGAUUGA